AUGGGAUAAGAAUGUUAAAAAAGUUAAUUAAAUUAAGCAGUAAGUGAUGGCCUCAAUAUAAAUGAUUAAUCUGAAUCAGAUUCAGAAUAUGAUGAAGUUGAUGAAAAACAGCCAUGUAAUAAAGGCCCAUAUUUUUAGAGAAACCUCCUUCACUUGAUAGUAAAUCUAAUUCCUCCACUUUUUAUAAAGAACAAUAUAAUUCUUUAUAUUCAUAAUAAGGGAAGGAUGAAAUUGAUAAUUUUUAAUUGAAUCUUUAGGAUGGUUCAACAUAUAUAGGAGCUAUCCUUAAUGGUAGAGCUAAUGGAAAUGGUAAAUUAAUCACUUUUAAUGGGGAUAUUUAUGAAGGCAAUUUCGUUGACAAUCUUUUGGAAGGUCAUGGAUAAUGUACAUUUAAAAGAGGACCUGUAUAUACUGGAUAAUUUAAAGCUGGUAAACCUGACGGAAUUGGAAAAGAACUCUGGCCAGAUGGAUCAAAGUAUGAAGGAGAAUUCAAAAAUGGUAAAAAGAAUGGUCAUGGUUGUUAUAUAUGGAUUUAAUAAAAUAUAUAUGAAGGACAAUGGGUAGAUAAUAUGAUUUAAGGAGUUGGAAAAUAUGAAUGGUUUGAUGGUAGAGUAAUUUUUAUAAUUUUAUUAGUUCUUAGUCUUAUAUUGGAUAAUGGGCUAAGAAUUAAAUGCAUGGAAGAGGUUUAUAUAAAUGGAGGGAUGGUAAAUAUUACAAUGGAUAUUAUAAUUAUGAUAAAAAAUCUGGCUUCGGUAUAUUUUAUUGGCCAGAUGGUAGAUAAUUCUAAGGUUUUUGGUAAGAUGGUAGAUAAAACGGAAAAGGACUCAUGAUUAAUUAGGAUGGCUAAAAGAAAUAUGGAGAGUGGCAAGAUGGAAAAUUAAUAAAUAGCAUAGAAGAUUCUAAUUGUUAACUCAUUCCUGAUGGAUGGUUUAUAAACUCUUUUAAUUAUUAAUGA